UUAAAUUGGCUCAAGUGCACACACUUAGCAGACUACAGUACAGUUCCAAGGAUUCUUUGGGGGAAGCCAUAACUGUCAGUGGUGUAAGAGAGCCUUCAGUGUGUGGUGUGAAUAUGACACCAGGACUAACAAAGGAAUAGUUUCAGACAUUUAAAAAGUUUCUCUUCCAAAACCCAUACAGUCCAUUACCCCUGUAGAAUUAUAUGAGUGGAAUUAUUAUAUGGAGGGUAAGGGUUCUGCAUUCAGCAGGACUAGAUCACAUGCAGAUUUAGCAUUGCAAAAGAACAAAAACAAUAUAGGCUCAAGUACAGAAAUGUGAAGCAGAACAGGAGUUGACCAACGAUAAAGUUCAUUGCACUGGUCUUCCUGCACUCCAAGGAGCGUGGCUUAAAAAUACAACUCAGAGGGGUGGGGCAGAUGUCAUUUUUUGUCUUGACCCACUUUGCAACUGCGCAAAACCUCCCGAUUUUAUGUCCUCACUUCCUACAGGAGCGGGGCAGACAAUCAUCUAAAAGAGCCGGAAGUUGAGGCCCGCGUCGUCAGGCUGCAACGUUUAUGAACAAUACAAGAUAGUGCUUAUAGAUAAAGGAAUAUUCAUUAAAAAUGUCCAGGAUUGAUAAAAUGAGCAUCCUCGGUGUGAGGAGCUUUGGAGUAGAGGACAAAGACAAGCAAGUGAUCACUUUCUUUAAUCCUUUAACUAUCUUGGUGGGACCAAAUGGUGCUGGAAAAACGACUAUCAUAGAAUGUCUCAAGUAUAUUUGCACUGGGGACUUUCCACCUGGCACCAAAGGAAACUCAUUUGUUCAUGACCCAAAAGUCGCCAAUGAAACAGAUGUCAGAGCUCAAAUUCGACUUCAGUUUCGUGAUGUUAAUGGAGAGCUUGUAGCUGUACAAAGAUCCAUGUUAUGCACACAAAAAGGAAAGAAAACAGAAUUUAAAACUCUUGAAGGAGUCAUUACUAGAACAAAGCAUGGGGAGAAGGUCAGUCUAAGCUCCAAGUGUGCAGAAAUUGACCGAGAGAUGAUUAGUGCCCUGGGCGUUUCUAAGUCUGUAAUUAACAAUGUCAUUUUCUGCCAUCAAGAAGAAUCCAACUGGCCCCUAAGUGAAGGAAGAGCUCUGAAACAGAAAUUUGAUGAGAUCUUCUCAGCAACCAGGUACAUUAAGGCUUUGGAAACACUCCGCCAGGUACGACUGAAGCAAAGCCAGCGAGUUAAAGAGUGUCAGGUAGAACUGAAGUACUUAAAACAGAAUAAAGAAAAGGCACAUGAGAUUCAGAAUCAGCUUUCUGAUAGGGAAACUCAGUUGGCUGCGUCCAAGGAAAAUGUCAAAUCUAUUGAGAAUCAACUUGAACCUUUGAAGAAUCGUUUGGCAGACAUAGAGCAGAAUCUUGUGAAAGUAAUGAGACUUGACAAUGAAGUUAAAGCUCUGGAGAGUCGGAAAAGACAGAUGGAAAAGGAUAACCAAGAUUUGCAACAAAAGAUGGAGAAGGUUUUUCAAGGAACUGAUGAGCAUCUUAGAGAUAUGUACCAAAACCACCAAAAAACUGUGAGAGAAAAGGAGAGGAGAUUAACAGAAUGUCAGAGAGAAUUGGAGAGAGCAAACAAAGAAUAUCAAAGACUCAACAGAGAAAAAUCGGAAUUGUUGUUUGAACAAGGUCGUCUUCAGUUGCAAGCAGAUCGUCAUCAACAGAAUAUUAAAACCAGGGACUCAUUAAUUCAGUCUUUGGCAGCUCAGUUGGAACUGGAAGGAUUUGAAAGACCACCUUUUAAUGAAAGGCAAAAUAAUAGUUUUCACAGGCUUGUGAAAGAGAGACAGGACAAAGAUAUGGAAGCUGCUAAUCAGUUAAUGAGAGAAUUUGGUGAGAAGGAAACAAUGAAGCAGAAGCAAAUAGACGAAAUAAGAGAUAAAAAAACUGGACUUGAAAGAACCAGCGACCUGAAGUCAGACAUUCAAAAUAAGAAGCAGCUUGAAGCAAAGAACCUAAAACAUGAAUUACAGCAACUUGAAGGGUCCUCAGAUAGACUCCUAGAACUGAAUCAGGAACUUACCAGAGCAAAACAUGAACUGGAUGAAGCCGAGAAGAAUUGCAGUGUUAAAGCCUUAGAAGUGGAAGUACAAGGGCUGCAAAGAGAGAAAGCAAAUUUGGACAGUGUUCUUCGAAAACUGGAUAAAGAGAUGGAACAGCUGAAUUUGAAUACUACAAUAAUAACUCAAAUGGACAUGCUGAAGAAAGAUAAAGCUGAUAAAGAGGAGCAAAUCAGAAAAAUAAAAUCCAGGCACAACGAAGAGUUAAUUUCCUUGCUUGGAUAUUUCCCUAAUAAAAGGCAGCUUGAAGAUUGGCUUCACUCUAGAACUAAAGAAAUUAAUCAUACAAGAGACAAACUUGCCAAGCUCAACAAAGAACUUGGUUUGGCGGAGCAAAACAAACAUAAUAUCACUGCUGAACUAAAAAGAAAAGAAGAGCAGUUGUCCAGUUAUGAAGAAAAGCUUUUUGAUGUUUGUGGAAGCCAGGAUUUUGAAAGUGAUCUAUACAAACUUCAAGAUGAAAUAGAAAAAACAUCUAAACAGCGAGCCAUGCUUGCUGGAGCCACAGCAGUUUAUUCACAGUUCAUUACACAAUUAACGGAUGAAAAAGAAUCGUGUUGUCCAGUUUGUCAGAGGGUCUUUGAAACACAGGCAGAACUGCAGGAUGUGUUAGAUGAUCUUCAGUCCAAGUUGCGUCUUGCUCCAGACAAACUGAAGGCAACAGAGUCUGAGCUUAAGAGAAGGGAGAAGAGACGUGAUGAAAUGAUGUCACUUAAACCUGUCAGGCAAAUGGUAUUUGAACUCCAAGAAAAAGACCUGCCCGACUUAAGAAACAAAUUACAGACACUCAACAGAGAUAUUCAACGCCUUAAAGGUGAUACAGAAGAACAGGAAACCCUCCUGGGUACUAUAAUGCCUGAGGAGGAAAGUGGUAAAGCAUGUCUGCAAGAUAUUACACUUAUGGAAAGAUAUCAGACUGAUCUAAAGGAUGUUGAACGAAAAAUUGCUCAGCAGGCUGCUAAACUACAAGGAGUGGAUUUAGGUCGGACCAUGCUACAAGUAAGCCAGGAGAAGCAAGAGAGGAAGCACCAGUGGGAUACAGUUACUGGUAAAAUUGAAUUGAAGCAGACUCUUAAACAAGACCAACAAAAUCAAGUCCAGAAUCUGAAGAGUGCAGUGAAUGAGCUGCAAACAGAGAAACUUGAAAUUUCCAGCCGGAUGCAGCGUCGACAGCAGCUCGAAGAGCAGCUAGUGGAGCUGACCACUGAGUUACAUUCCUUGAACAGAGAGAUCAAGGAAGCAAAGGAGCAGCUAUUUCCUCUUGAAGCAACUUUAGAAAAACUGCAACAUGAGAAAGAAGAGUUAAUAAGCAAAAAGAACACAAGUUACAAAGUGACACAGGAGAAGAUAAAUGAGGUUAAAGAGAAAAUUAAAAACAUCCAUAACUAUAUAAAAGAGAUUGAGAACUAUAUUCAAGAAGGGAAAGAAGAAUAUAAACAGCAAAAGGAAUCUGAACUUGAUGAAGUCAAGGAUCUGCUAGCAGAAUGUGAGAAAAAGAAAGAAACGACAAAUAAAGAAAUUGGAACUAUUAGACAAAAUAUUGAUACUCAGAAGAUUCAGGAGCGGUGGUUAGAAGAUAACCUUACUUUAAGAAAAAGAAAUGAAGAUCUAAAAGAAGUCGAAGAUAGUAUAAAGCAAUAUUUGAAGGAGAUGGGGGAAAUGGAAGCCCCACAACUGAAAAAGGACCGACAGCAUUUAGAGGACAAAAUAGAAGAAUUGAAAAGAAAAGAAAGCUUGGCGCUUGGUCGACAGCAUGGAUUUGAGGAAGAAAUCCUUAGGUUUAAGAGAGAGCUGAGAGAAUCACAGUUUAAAGAUGCUGAGAAAAAAUACAAAGAAAUGAUGAUUGACAUGAGAACAACGGAGUUGGCAAACAAGGAUCUGGACAUUUACUACAAAGCGCUGGAUCAAGCAAUAAUGACAUUUCACGGCAUGAAGAUGGAAGAAAUAAACAAGAUAAUUCGUGACCUUUGGCGAAGCACCUACAGGGGGCAAGAUAUUGAAUAUAUAGAAAUUAGAUCUGAUGCAGAUGAGAAUGUUUCUGCUGCUGACAAGAGGAGGAGUUACAAUUACAGAGUAGUAAUGAUAAAGGAAGGCACUGCUCUAGAUAUGAGGGGCAGAUGUAGUGCUGGACAAAAGGUUCUUGCUUCCCUCAUUAUCCGCCUUGCUCUAGCAGAAUCCUUUUGUCUCAACUGUGGCAUUCUUGCGCUGGAUGAGCCCACCACCAAUCUUGAUCGGGAGAAUAUUGAAUCUCUUGCACAUGCCUUAGUAGAGAUAAUCAAAAGUAGAUCCCAGCAACGCAACUUCCAACUUCUUGUUAUAACUCAUGAUGAAGACUUUGUGGAACUAUUGAGUCGGUCUGAAUAUGUUGAGAAAUUCUACAGAAUUAAAAAGAACAUUGACCAGUGUUCUGAGAUUGUAAAAUGUAGUGUUACAUCUUUGGAAUCAUACGUCCAUUAGAGUUUGCAAAUGCUUCUGUGAUAUGGGACUUACCCAAAACAUAAUGGGGUGAAAAUAAAACUGCUUUUGGAUAGCAUCAGAUGCUUGCUGAUGGAGACUUCUUGCUGCCUGUGUAGCUGGUUGAUUUAUAUUAAACAGUUGUAUUAUUGCAGAGGGUAAAUUGAGAUUAAAACUCUGACCACAGAAAUGUGGUGUUCUAAAAGCUAAGCCUUCUUUUAAUAUUUCUCAUGUGUAUGUCCUCUUAAGUGUGUAGACCAAGGGGCAGGGAUGCACCUCUAUCUCUGCCCUCCAAAUUGCAGCUAUAGUGCAAAGUUGCAUGAGCAGAAAGCCCAGUGUAUGAACUCUGCAGUUGGGAUACCCAAAUCACACAGAGCCCCACUCAUCAGCAGGAAGGAGCUCAAGCUUUGUGCUUUCUGCUCAGACAACUGUACAACAUGUAAGUACUGGGGGUGAUGGGGCAAAGCUAAAAGUGUAGCCAUCUGCUUGCUGUACAUGGUUAUGCACUACACACAGUAAUGUAUUGUGUUACAGGGAACCAUUUACCAUGGCUCACUGGUAGAGAACCUGCCAGUGUUCUCUGCAGUCUCUGGCAUCUUGUC